UCUAGUAAACCUCUUCUCGAAAAAAAAAAAAGAAAGAAAUCGGAGCAGCAACGUCGCCGGCGAAAGCGACCGGCGGCGAGGGAGAUGAAGACGGUGAGCCUCGGCGCCGCCAGGCCCACGGCGGUGAAGUUCCGGAUGCCGACGAGAGACAACCUGGUGCCGAUACGCGUCGACGUCGAGGUGGACGGGCAGCGCUACAGGGACGCCUUCACCUGGAACCCGCGCGACCCCGACUCGGAGAUCAUCAGCUUCGCCAAGAGGACGGCCAAGGACCUCAAGCUGCCCGCCAGCUUCGUCCCCCAGAUGCUCCACUCCAUCCAGGGGCAAUUGGCCGAGUUCCGGUCCUAUGAGGGAGAGGAGAUGCAGAUCAGGGAGAAGAUUGUGCCCCUGAAGAUUGACCUCAGGAUAAACAAUACUGUGGUUAGAGAUCAGUUUUUGUGGGAUAUAGGCAACCUGGACAGUGAUCCUGAGGAAUUUGCAAGGACACUAUGCGAAGAUUUGAACAUUACAGAUCCUGAAGUUGGGCCUGCAAUAGCUGUCUCCAUCCGCGAGCAGCUUUAUGAGAUUGCUAGUCAGAGUGUUUCUGCUAUGAGGGAAGCUAAAGUUUCAAAGAAGGGAAGGCGAGCACCAGAGUUUGCUUCAAAUAGUAAAGCCAUGAACAAUUCGCUGGACCUAUUCAAGUAUUUUGGCAGCAAAGGAAGUGUUGUUCGGAAAAGGAAGGAAUGGUACCUGUACGAGCCAGUUGUAGAGGCCAUAGCUAACGAGGAAGUUGGAGGAAAUGAUGCAACAGAGGAGAUUAACUCGAGGAAUGCAUGACUUGAAAGCUGUAAGCACUACUACUACUACUGCAUCCGAUGAUCCUGACACGUUGAAGAGGAAGAAGAGGCUAGGAGAGAAGGAUGAGAGCCUUCAUUCCUUCAUCCACUGUAACUCCAAUGCUGUCUGUAAAGCUUUCAGCUGGUUGUGAUGUGAGCUGUGACUGGAGGAAGCCACUGUUUAUGCAGGGAGAGGGAGGAUUAGGUAGGUUUAUUUUCUAGGUUUGCUCUGUAGGUGUGCAAUUUGUUCUGCUCAUCAAAAGAGAAAUGGAUUGUGACCUGGUUGUAUGAAGCUUGCUCUUCACUUUGGAUGCUAGUAGUCUUGACUCUUGACCAUGAAUUGGGCUUGUGAUGUUGUUUGGAAGGUUUGCUUUGUGGGCCGUCAGUCAGUGUUUAGGCCUACUAAUUAAGCCAUUGGGCUUUAGCUGCCUCUCAUUGAUUCA